CUUCUGCAUAUUCUCUCUACGAUCGCAAGACUUUUCCAGGCAUUGACAGCUUCCUUUACACACUUUCUAAUAAGCUCUUAUACUUCUUAUUGUUGCUGGGGGACUUGUCUUUUUCGCGAUCGCUCGUAUACCUCCCAUUCCAUCUCUUUCACGAUGUCCCUUUCUAACCCUCACGCGCCACCCGGACCAAAUUGCUCUGGGGUUGGGUCUUCAGAAAACUUCGAUACCUUAUUUGGGGGAGCAUUGUAUAAUACAGCGUUCGCAGAUAUCAACAUACUUGAUCAGUAUAUGCGCGUCCCGCAGACCUUGUAUGAUCCCAGCAUCAAUACGCUUUCCACAUCGACUCCGUUUGAUCAGAGUGGUUUUUCCGAAUGGGUCAGGGAGAACACAAUGCAGCAUGGCUUAGUUGAGGAGAACAGAUUUCCAGGCCUCCCUUCAAUGAGUUAUGAUAACUCGACCUCGAACAACUAUCACCCCAAUCCUCCUCAAAUACCCACCUCAGCGCCACUCGACGAGAAGGAUGAUAACGCCGCUAUGACUGACGGAAACGUGCCGUCUCGUCGUCAACAUAGGCCUGGGACAGGUACCAAUCCCGGCCGCGUCAAAUGUCGCUGGGAAGGCUGCACAUACGCUGGCGAUUUCACACGCGAUACAACACUCUGGCGACACAUCAAGACCCAACAUCUCUUUCCAAAUGCGUUCGCGUGUCCUGUCAGACAAUGCCGGAGGGCUUUUGGACGCAAAGAUAAAUAUGAUGAGCAUAUGCGCGAUGCUCAUGGAAUGACCUAAUGUUAUGAAGUGUAGCUUCCGAUUCCUUUCAUUGGGGAAGCACAUACAUAUAGAAGCGUGUAUUUAUUAUAGGACGUUCUUUUUUUUUUUUUUUUUUU